UGAAUGGGCAAUAUGACGUCACAUUCGCUCGCUACGUGGAUGAUUUCCUUAAAGGUUUAUAAAGUCCUGUGUGUUUACACCGUAACCAUGGAGACACCUCCGUCGUCGGGACGCAAGUUGCUGCUGCGGUGCACUCGUUUAAAAGCAGUUCACUGACGCCCGUCUCAUCUUAGUCUUGGUUUAUACGAUAUAUUUGCCUAAAAUUGCUGAAAUGGCGGACGUAAAUCAACGUAAUGACGGUCCCGAAGAGCAAACAAGGGAGCAAAUCCUGAGGUAUGGACACAAGGGAAUACUCACCAUGAACACGGGGUCUAAAAUGGAGAAUAUCACCACCUUGAAAGCUGCAUUUGCCCCUCCAAAGAGUCCAGGGGUGAGACUGCGGGGCAUCAGGUCUGAGCUUUUGGAAAGAAGAAUUGCCCAGAUAAUAAAAGACAAGAUUCAUGCAGAACGCAACCCGCCGCUUCCCCAAACUGAUUUCUCCACCACAACCCAGAGGGAUUUUCGAGUUGAGGGAUUUGUACCCCAAACAACAAAAAACAACCGCUUUCAUGAUUAUAAAACUGAGCAGGCCAUCAGCUAUUGGAGUGAAAAUUACCAGCGGAUUCAGGGUAGUGAGUGCGGUAGAGAGCCCGAACACACCCUUUAG